UAUUUUGUUGUUUAGUGUAGACUUCUUGUUCUUUGUUUAUUUUGAGGUAAUACCACAAUUAAUUCAAGUCCAAUGCACGGACCGUCAUGAAUGCCACCUAUCGGAACUAUCGCAAUUAUAAGAUAGCCCGCAGAAAGUUUUCCAUCAAGACCUAUCUGUUCUUGUUACUCUGGCUUAUACUAGCAUUGAUACAAUGGGUCCUAAUCAACAUGCUUGAACCUGCAAGAAACACAUUUAAGGAUUAUUAUUAUAUAUGCUUUGUCACAUUUUUUCUGGCGAUCUUACUCUUCGCCAUCUUUAUAUUCUUUGAGAAGCUGCGCUUUAUCAAUGGAGUCAACAUUAUUGUCGCCUUUCUCAUUGUUGAGCUGCAAGUAAUAUCCUUAUUCGCUUUGGUAGCUCAAGUUUAUCUGGCAGAUCUAUUAAUUUUUUUUGGAAUAUGUGCACUCCUGAUGGUGAUCGUUCUGAUAAUUGGUUCUAUACUUCCAAGAAACAUUGAUCUCACUUUGGAUGUUGCAGUCUUAUUCAUUCUGGGCUUCAUUUUUCUGAUAAUCGCUAUAUUUCUUCUCAUGGUCCAGUUUGUGCUACCCGCUACUUCAACAAGUGCAUAUAUCUUGUUCGAACUCUUUAUUACAACAAUGAUUCUAUUUUUCGUCAUGUACCAUGCUCAGACCAUCCAUGGGAGUCGAUUUGCUGAGAUGCGGCUGAAUGACGCCUUGUUGGGAUCUUUAAUUCUCUUCCAUGAUUUUCUUAUCAUUUAUUGGUUGACAUUUUACUGGCAAUUCUCCUUUCAGACAUUCCAAAAUUUGAUAGCACACACAACGAAUGAUGACACGUCUAUAGAAGACAAUGACGGAGAAUUUCAUCAUGUUAUUGAUGAUGAUGAUGAUAAUGAUGGUUCUGAAGAUGGAGUAACAAUUAAACGUGUUGAUUAUGAUGAAGUACCUGAAGGCUCUGGUGAUGCAACACCUGAAAGUUCUGAUGUUGCAACAUAGAUGAUUCGGAUGAUGCAACAACGGAAUAGUCUGGUGAUGGAUUAACGGAAAAUUCUCGUGACACAAAAGAAAGUUGAACCAGAAAUGAACCACCAGAAGAAAGUGAAGACGAAGCUGCUAAUUCCAUUCCAAAUCAAAAAUACUAG